CCGCCAUAUUGCGUUAGUGCGAUGGUGAGAGCAUUUUGCCGUCACUAAUAUUUAAUUAUUAAAAAUUAUCUUUUACAAUUAAAUAGUGGAGCGUACCAGUGAAAUUUACCUCAAAACGUAUUUAAAUACAUUUUAAUUCAUCUCGCUUCAUUAGAUAUUGUUAGUAAACGGUCAGUUCAAAGAAGAAAAUUGUUCUGGGUUUCCACCAUUGAAGUAACCAAGUGGUGAACGAGUAUCAGGAAAGGUUCGAAGAAGCGAACCGAAGGCUGUGUUAGGUACUGUCACAUGGAAUGUAGCUUUAGCUCAAUAUGAAUGGAGAAGUGAAUGGAACCAUGGAAGAGCCUAUGGAGAUAGCUCCUGCUUCACCUGUGAACUCACUACACUGUAAUAAAAUUACCUCUGAAGAUUAUAAACUUGAGAAUAAAUUGGAGGAUAGUGAGAGUACAGAAAUUAAUAAUCAUUUAGAAAAUAAUGAGAAAGAGCCUGAAGAUAAGGAGGUCUCAGGGCCCAAUGAUGGAGACAGCCAUCAUCAGGAUGAAAGUAUGGAACAAACUUCUGAUUUAGCACCUACUAAGGAAAAUAGUAAUAGUGUUAUUGAAAAUCCUUUGGAAAAUAACUGUGGCAAUAGUAAUGAAUCAUAUCCGGAGUCCUUAAAUAGUAAUCAGGAUAAGACAAUAUUUGUAGAGCAGAAGAUAAUAAGUUGCGAAGAUGAGAAGAGCAAAGACGGUGAGGCAGAAAACAAUUGCAGUGCAGCUGUGACCGUCAAUGAUGAGGAAUCUGACGAGGAGAUUGACUCUGAAGAAGAUUCGUCUGAUGAAGAGUCAGAGCUGUCUGUCGUGCCAAGAGCCGAGGACACCGUCAGUAUUAAUUCAGACUCUGAGCCCGAUCGCGGCGACGACACGUCACAAGAGAGUCAAAGAAAUAACAGCAGCGAAAUAAUCAUCUUAGAAAACGAUAAUGGACCUGAGAACCAGAAUGGCAACUCCCACGAUUCCGCAGCCGCUGAGGUUCACGAGAUUGUAAGUGAUAAUGAUAAUGAUGAUUGUGUCAUGACUAACGACGAAAAGUCCAGUUCAAGUGUUAGUGAGAGUAGAGUACAGCUGCGGCGCAGCAAUAGAGCGAUUAAAAGGAAAAUUUACAUUGACGAGGAAAUGGAAAAUGGGGGUGACGGAUCUGAUAUUGAAGAGGUAGAGAUGGAAGAUCCAUUAACUCGUAAAUCAAAGCCUAUAGUCGUAAACGAUACUAAGGCCUUAGUUGCGAUGGCAGCAAAGCAAUCUAAGCUGACCAUCAAUAAUCAGAAAAAGGAACCCACAGUUGUUAUUAUAGACACAAAUUCAAUUAUUUCUGGGAAGAGUUCGACGCCAGCGCCCCCGAAGUCGUCCGUAACUUCUAUGACGGCCGAGAAUUUAUAUCAAAGUAUUGUAGCCCGUGGCACGACCGUCACCCCAGUGAGUAGUAAAACGGCGAGCAGCACUAACACUGCUACUUCCCAAAACGCAACCCAGACGGCGCAACCGAACAUACUGCCUUCUUUGACUGACGACAUGUUCGUCGUAGAAGCACCCUCGUUUAUCGUACCUUACGUUUAUGAAAAACCUUCCAUAAAGCCAUUUAGAGAAUUUGUAGACAUAUUAGGUAAAGAAUUAGAAGAACAAAGAGCCAAAGAAGAGCAAGAAAGAUUAGAAAAAGAAAAACUGGAGAAAGAGAAACGAGAGCAAGAGAAGAAAGAAAAACGGGAGCGAGGCGAAGAAGUGGAAGACUCCGAGGACGAACAGCGGAAGGACAAGGACACCGCCAAGGAUGAGGACGAAGACGAGAAGAAAAAGAAAAAGGCUGAGAAAAAAGAAAGGAGACGUCGUAAAAAUGAAGAAGAAGAUGAUGUCUCGUGGGAUGGUGAAAGUUCCACAGAUUCAGAAGAUGAUAUUAAUAGUGACGAGGAAGAUAAAACUGUUGUCAUUAAGGAUAAAGCUGAUUCUAUAGAGGAAAUUAAAGACGUCACAGAACUAAUUACGGAGAAGGUUACCACUGGCAAAUCGGACAAUUAUUUUGAUUGCUCGCUCGGAAAGUUCUUUAUAAACAUUGGGUUGAACUUUGUGCAGGAAUAUGUACAAAAUGAUUUAUUGAAGCAGCAAAACCGGAAACUUUACAGGGAAAAGAAAGCCGGCCACAGCACAAAGGCUACCGAGUCUUCUAUAGCAUCCCUCAUGAAAAAUCUUGAGUUUAGUAAAGAAAAUAAUGCACCUUACCGAUCUCCUCAAAUUAAAUGUGAAUUUUGUAGUUUCAAAGCCGAAUCCAUGUUAGUAAUGUCUCAUCACCUUGAAACGCCGCACAUGAAAAAUAACGUUUAUAAAUGUAAUUUCUGUGCAUUUGAAAUUAAAAGUCCUCAUGAUAUUCUUUAUCACAUGGAAGCGGAGCAUAAUACGCGGGGGAAGUUAGAGCGAGCGCCAGCUUACCACCAGUGCGCGAACUGCCCCUUCGAGGACAACGGGAAGGGCAAGUUGGCCCGGCAUCUCAUCCCGUGUGCUAAGAAAUUCAAGCCGGAAAUAAACCUGGCGCCUCCCGUCGAGUGGGAACCUCCAGCCAAAAUACCAAAGAUAACGAGAGCACGGAAUAACAUGUUGGGAUCGUAUCAAGGCGGUUUCGGUCGGCCGCAGCUCGGCAACAACAUGGUUCGUGCGCCGAACGUGGCAAACGUGAUGGGUGCGGGCGCGGCGUUCCGGGCGCGGGGCCGCGUGCCCCUCGCUACGCCGCCACGCCCUACCAUGCUCGGCUCAACCAUGAUUCGAGGCGUCAUGGUGCGGCAACCUACGUCCGCUCUGAAUAACAACAAGAACGCCAUGCUAGGCAAGUCGAUGCACCAGCCAUCGAUCUCGAUAACGCCGCUGCCGCGGCAGCCGCAGCCGGCGCCCGCGCCCGCGCCCUCGCACACCAAGAGCACGUUCGUCAUCUGCGAGAUAUGCGACGGCUACAUCAAGGACCUAGAGCAACUCCGCAACCACAUGCAGUGGAUACACAAAGUCAAAAUACACCCCAAAAUGAUAUACAAUAGGCCGCCGCUCAAUUGCCAAAAGUGUCAAUUCAGAUUUUUCACUGAUCAAGGGCUAGAACGGCAUCUGCUGGGGUCGCACGGCCUCGUGACGAGCUCCAUGCAGGAGGCGGCCAACAAGGGCAAGGACGCCGGCCGGUGUCCUGUCUGUGGCAGGGUAUAUCAGUGGAAGUUGCUCAACCAUGUAGCUAGAGACCAUAAUCUGACGCUUAAGCCGGCGCACCUAUCAUACAAGUGCACAGUGUGCACAGCUACCUUUGGCAUGUACAAACAGUUCGAGAAUCACGUUUACUCGGCGCACAGCGUGGUGGCCAAGCGCGUGAUGGACAAGAGCAAGUCGGCCGCGCCCGCCGCCAAGCCCAAUGACUCGCUACUCAAGCCGCUCAAGAUCAAUGACGAGAUAACCAUCAUACCACAGCCGGUCAAGCCCUCCACCCCCACCCCCACGCCCUCGAACGAUAAAUAAUAAGGCUCGGCCGGGCCCCGGGACGCCGCCCGCUUGCCGUCGCCCCCAGCCACCAGGUCCCCACCACCCUACCAGCCAGCCACCUCCGCGUCCUCUGCACGUGCACUCGACGCCCAACGCCCAACAAACAGUCAACCAUUAGUAUACAUUCCAAUUAAAACCUACAAAUAACUAUCUAGAUUUAAAGUCACUUAAAACAAUAAGAUCACUGAUACAUAAAAGCAAUAAAUUAAGAGCAUAUCUCGAGCUGUAAUUUGACCUUUUUGCUUUUUAGGAGUCGAAGAUCCUACGACUUGUAGGUAGCAAUGUGUUUAUUGUAUGUAUGUGUUCCUGUAUUUGGUACUGAGGAAAUUUGCACUGCCUAGGCUUAUCGAGCCAGUGAUAUGAUAUGUUGAACGACUGUUAUACAAUCCGUUUGACAGACUAAGAAUUUCUUGGCUUAAUGUUAGUUGUGUUGUACUGCCGCAGACAAGACGCAUUGUUAGCAGAGUUGGGCGUUAUCUAGAUAAUUAUUUCAAAUAAAAUCAUUUUAAAUAAAUUUAUUCGAAGAUAAAUCACAAAUAAUGCGUCGACAAUUUUUUUAUUUAGAUAAAUUAUGUAGAUGAAGAUAACUGGCCUCGUUUGUUAUUGAAAUAAGCUUAUAAUAAUAAAUUUAUAGAAUGUCACGUCGGGUCGAACCGUCACACUGAUACUGUACUACUGACAUUCAUCUUUUAUUUAUCCCAACUAAUUUAUCUAGAUAAAAAUGAAACUGAUCUAGAUAAAUUCAAAAUAACAAAUGACGGAUUAUUUAGUUAUUUCAAAUACAAGAUGAUUUACUUAUCUUCCCGGUUAUUCGUAAAUAGAUAAUUUUUGCCCAACUCUGAUUGUUAGUUACUAAAGUGCACAUUAGUAAUUGAAGUAUUUAACGUGGCACUAGUAAACCUUUGACGAAUUGGAAUGUAUACUAAACGCUUAGAGCAUUUUUCAAUGUAGGCUCUAAAUAUACCUCAGGAUGUUUAUCGUCGAAAGUGAUAGAUUUGAAAUAUAUCUUUUGUUACAACAUCGUGUUCUAUGUGAGAGGCUUUGUUAUAUGCCUCGUUUUUGUAUAAUACAUCUUUAAAGCUAGGUGAACGAUUUAUCUCAUAUUAUAAUCUUAAUGCACCGAAAUUAACGAAUUUACGGUUUUGUUUGCGCAGCUGUAAAGGGUUCUCCAUGUCCAGCAAAGAAUAGUUUAAUAAAAAGGAAAGUUGUUUUGCGGGUCAACAGCUUCGUAUUGUGACAUAGCUCACACUCUCUAGGUCGUAGGUACUCGUAUAAGUUGAUGUUAAGGGUGCCGUUGCAUCUGCAUCUGGUCGUCAAACGACGAACUGCUACUUGUCGGUUUCAAAUCAAUAGCAUAUUGGAUCCGUAGUUUGGUUUACACAAAUAAUUAUUCCUUUUUUCUAAAUGUUAAUAGAAGGAGCUUUAUAAGACCAGUCCGCACUUUGAUUGACGGUAUCUAUAUGUACAUAUUAAGUAAAAAAAUACUAUGUGUCUCGUUUUAAUGAGAUGUUUUUUGUCUAGUUUUAUAUACAGUGUUACGGAUUUAUAUCGAUUUUAUAGUUGACAGAUUUUUACGGGAGAAAAUACAGGAUGACUUCAUAGACGAAAUACAAAACACUUGCUUCUGGCUCCACAAAUACACCUUCUAUAUAAACUGGAUAAUGUUCAUUUUCACUAGACUAUAGACCGCGAUUACCUUUUGUUUGUUUGUUGUUGUCUAGUGAAACUAACCGUGAAUCAUUGAAAACUCUAAUGUUCAUUUUAUCUGAACACUAGAAAAACCGUGUAUGGUUUGAUUUACCGUUACAAUUAUGACCUCGACCUAAAUAUUUAAAAUGUUAACGCCAACAAAUUUACUACGUCCAAACCGUUUUCGUACAUGAGUUCAUAUAAUACAUGAGACUAUGACAUGAGUUCGACAUAUAGUCCAAUGAAACUUAUUGCAACUCAUGUAUGAAAUGUCGUUUGUACGGAAACUGCACUAAUCCCAAUAAAGCCUGUUAUCCCCACAGGGUAUAAUUUAAGUGAUCGGAAUAGGCAGAGUAUAAAUACCUAAACUUGAUAGAACAAAGUCAUAACUUAAGUGGAGACUCCCUUGCGAUAUUUUUUUCCGGGAUUAAAGUCCCGGAAACGUACUAAGUUAGUAAUAUCGUUAUAAAUACGUUAAAAAAUAAUGCAUUAAAUCAAUAGGCGUUAAAUAAAACAACAUUUUUUUUGGCAAACGAGGCACCAAACACCCUCUUUUCCAGCGAACGAAAGAAGCAUGGAAGACUAAACAAAAUAUCGGCCUACAAGAGGCUACAAAAGUCAAAGUUCACGUAUGGGUUUUCUUUGCCCAAGAUUAUGAUUGGUCAAUUUCACCGAAGCGAAAUACUAUUGGUCUAUUAUAAAAUUAGUCGCUCUGAUUAGCCGUAACCAUGCUUUAAAACUGUCACUUGAAAAUACAUGACAAUGAAAACUGUCUAUUAGUAGACGGUUUCAUGCAAUAUAGAACAUGUUUUAUAUGCAAUAUUUUUGUAUAAGUUAUUAUUUUGUUGUGUAUAAUGAUAUAAAUACUUUAUUUGUUCGCUUGUCGCACGUAUUUAAGGGCAAUUAAGCCUCCGAACGACUAGUAACGCAAAUUUAGCGCGCCGUGCUUUGCUAUCCACAACUGUGGUGUGGUGUCCACAAGUGGUUGCUAAAACUGUGCUAUUGUUCUACGUGUGUAAACAGUUCAAAUUACUGGUUAGAUUAGAGCCAGUUCUUUUUAACUAACCGCCACCACUUAACAAUGUAUAGUAUGUACAUGACAAAAGCAUCGCAACUUCGUGGCUGAGCCCAUGGGGGAGAAACCAGUUACAGAUCUAGCCGGCGUGGGGGGAGUCUUAGGGCGGAGGCUCGAAACAGCAGGUUUCGACAAGGCCUAUGUUGUACUUGGCCAGUUUUUGGUUCUGAAGAAGGAUAAAGAGCUCUUUGAAGAGUAGAUGAAAGAGACCUGCAGCGCAAUCCGCAGAUUGUUACCAGUGCUUACGAGAGUGGUGAGAGGAAUUUUUGUAAAUUGACCUUGACUUGGGAUGUCGGACUAAUAUUUUCUUACCUGUAAAUAAUUGGAAAGUAAGCAGUUAUGAUUAAUCUAUGCAUUUUUGUAUGUGCUUGUUAAUAUGUAAAUUUAAUGAAAGUUAACAAAUUGUUACAGUACCUAACCAGAUAAGAACCAAUCUUAAUUAGUUAGUUUACCGCAUAUUAAUUAUGAUUCAUUCACCAGAACAUGAAAAGAUAUUUUUUUAUAUUCAUUUAACAAUAAUUAUAGUAAUAUUGGUAACAUUCAAUGGCUUCGUGAAUAUUGACAUCUCUUUUAAGAAUAAAAUAGUACAUUUUAUUAUUUUUCUAUUAAUAUUUUUUUUAUUAAAAUAAAAACAUACUAGAUGAGAACCCGGCGUCGCUCGGGUAAAAAAUUAUAAUAAAUAAUAAUAAUACUUAUUAAUAGGUACAUUAUAUCGUUCACCUUAUAAGGCACCUGCGAUUUUAAGUUAGGUGUCACAAAAAUUAUGUCAGAUAGAAAUAAAUGUAAAUUCGACCUGAAAUCAUAGACAAUAUAUAUCAAAAUUUAAAAAACUUGCUAUAACCUAUCUUGGAUUUCUGCGUUUUGGCUCUGAUCAAGAUGAAAAUCGAUAUCUGAGGAUUCGAGCGGACCUUUAUUAUGAAAUUGAGGUCAAAUUGAAGAAAUCGCUCGCCAUCUUAUGCUUUAUUUCGCCAUCGCGUUUUGCAUUAUUAAAUGAUAAUUAGACCAAAAAUGCAGAAACUAAAUUUGAGAAUGACGUCUUUUCCAAUUUCGAGAUUUCGACCUCAGUUCAUAAAGGGCGGAACGCUCGGAUGCUCAGAUAUCGAUUUUCACCUUAUCAGAGCAAAUGUGCGGAAAUUCAUAUUUGGCAUGUCGUAGGAACAGUUUGUGUGGGAAAAUAUAUAUAUUUUUUAAUAUUUUCCUCGCAAUUUUUCCAUAUUUUCUCUAAAUUCUAACCGUCCCUGGUCUUUCACAAAUAUUCCUAUACCAAAAUUAGCCAAAUUGGUCCAGCCUUUCUCGAGUUUUAGCCAACUUAUCGAAAAGUUAUAAUUGUUAUAAAUAGCAGCGAGAUGCCAUAGUUAAAAUACACAUUUAGAAAAGCGCCACCUACAAUGGCGAUUAAUAUUUUUUACUACCACUAAUUUAAAUUAAAGGGACUAUUUCAAAACAACUACUUUAACAAAUUUAAAAUAAAAGCAUCUAAAUAAUAUCACAUCGACAUAUAAAAUCUGUUAUGAAUGUUAUGAUCAAAAGAAAUCGAAAUAAUAUUAUCCUGGCUAAAUUGUACGUGAAAGGAUACAAUAAUAUUUUCAGUGUUUAUUGGAACGGCUAUCAUUUUACCACAUAAUAAGGCAUAUUUUGUUAUUAAAGAUAUAAGAUAUAAUCUAAAUACUUCUUACUACGACUGUGACAACGGGCCGCCAUUUGCGAAAUAGGUCCGUGGCAGAAUGUUUCCGCCCCACCCACCGUGGCACAAAAUGUGUGGGGUCAUUUUGCAGAGAUAGUUCGUCAUCUAUGUUUAUUAUCAAUCGCUGCUGUUUUCACGUUGUGCUUUUUACGUAUCGUUCAAAACGCUUAGUGGCCCCUAUUUUCUUUUCAGUAGUAUAUAUAGAACGUAAAAAAAUUUUUGUUGUUUUAUUUAACGCCUAUUUGAUUGUAUUGGUCAAUCACUGGGUAUAAAGGACCUUAGGCGACCGGGAAAGUGCUAAGAUAUGAAAUAUACUUCUGAUUAUUUUAACAACGUGAGAUUAGUCGAAACAAGGUUCAAAUAGUAUACGAAUGGUUUUGUAUUACGUCCUGAAGUCACUGUAUAAAUCACAAAUACAAUUAGAAACAUUGGGGUACGCUUAACGAUUAAGCUUGGCUGGCUACAGGAGCUCGAUUUAUAUCUUUGCAAAAAUGUCUUAAGAUAUCAUCUAGAUAUUUAAAGAUUCAUUAGAGUUAAAACGAGCAAGGGGUUCCCCUCAUUUGGCAGAAUAUUAUUUGUCAGAAAUACACUUCGCAUAACACGUAUCGCAGAAAACUUUUAGUCGAAUGAUACUUUCGCAUAAAUAUAUACUUGCCAUAAUAGUCAUUUCGCGUAAUAUUCAUUUGGCAGAAUUUUCUAAGUGGGUUAGGUUAGGGUGUCUGCCAAAUAAAUUAUGCAAAAAGAAAUUCUGCAAAGUACUAUUAUGCGAAAAGCAGUAUGCGAAAGGUAAUUCUGCCAAACGACAUUUCUGCCAAGUAACAUUAUGCAAUACAAAAAUAUGUCAAAAAACUUUCUGCAACACAAUAGGGAACCAAGAACAAGAUAUUGCGUUUCCGUUACUUUCCUUGCUUUGACUGGUCGCAAAAUGUCACGAGCUAUUUUCAUAAGCCCUUUUUACGUAGGUAUUACACGUUCCAACUAAAGGACAUGUCAAUUGAUAAUUCGAAUAAAUUUAUAACUAGAAAACGAACGUCUUUGGAGGCAUUCCGAACACAGAAAAUUCAACAUCGUUUUCUGUUAAAUAUUGAAGGGAGUUUUCUUAGUGAAUGUAGGUUGUGGUCAAAAGUACUUUCGAUUUCGUACCCUUCCUAAGUCCUGAUUUUCAGUUUAGUUGGAACGGCUUAUACCUACUGAAAGGGAUUUAGGAUGUUACCUACUGUUUUAAUUAUGUUCAAUAUAUAUUUAUAAAGAUACAAAUACAUCAUAUUAUUGCCGAAACCGUGACUUGUAGUGGGCUUGAAAAUGCGCAUCGAAAUGUUUUUAGCUGAUUUGGCGUCGUAGCCAAGAUGACGAUCGUUUAUCGACAAACGCCUAUAACGUAUAUAUAACGUAACGUAACGUAACGUAACGUAACGUAACGUAACGUAUACGUGACGUGAUAAUUUCCAUAAAUUAAUUCUCGAUUGGCGUUUUCUAUAAGCGAUUGUCACCUGUCUAGGCCCCCAACAUGUUAAAGAUUGCAAUAGUUUUGCAAAUAGUAUAAAGUUAUCUGAAACUUCUCUAAUGACACUUGUUCAGCUUCUCGUGCUUGUUUGUAUUUGUACGAUUUGGGUUUAACGGUGAAUCAGUGGCCAAAAUGAAACCCAGUGAUCGAAGUUGUACCUACUAUGAUUAUUUAUUGUAACUUGCGAUUACAAUUUAGCUACUAAUUAAGUUGCAGUUCUAGAAGAUACGAACCAAAUAACUGUUUCAAAUAUAAAAUAUUUACGUUGAAUAAAUGAUUAAGUAGAACAAUUUAACCAUUUUCUUGAUGAGGGUGGUAUCUAAUACUUUGGACAUACCAGUAUCCGUCUGUUUUGUUUUCUGCCCAAGUUCACACAUUAUUAACUACAACGGGAUUAAAUCGUAUAUAAAAUAAGUACGUAUCACCCACGACGCACGUUUCACGAACGUAGAAAUGGAAAAAUUCCUUUAUCUCCAAUCUCAUGUCUAUCUACUACCGAGAGAGUAGAUGAUAUUCAAAUGACAAUUUUCCCGGUAGCCCCCUUUUGGGGACCACGGGCACGGAUAACUUGUACUUAUUUACGCGAAUAAAUCCCGUUUUAGUUCUAUUGUCACGUCCGAUAUUUAUGUUUACAGGUUUGUAAAAUGUAUACGAACGACAUACUUGUAAGUUCAUAUUGUCUCUAGAAUAUGAUAACAGACUUGCUUUAAUGUGUCUAAGUACUUAACAAGACUGGACCCAUGCUACGUUACCUACACACGACUACUUAAGUUUACGCGAAGUGCCUUCUAUAUCUUAAUUCAUUCUAUAGCACCCUUGGAAGACGAGCACAUUUGGGGAGGAGGGAAAGUGUUCUAUUAUUAUGUUAGUGCCCGUUCACUUCGCAGUUUUAACUGUUCUGCAUCGCUCAUCUUAAUUUGUUAAGGGAAGGUAUAUGACACACGAGUAUUCUGGUAAAUGCCGCAAAGUGAAUAUGCACUACAUUUAAGGAGAUCUAAAUUAUGCUUGUCGUAUUUCUAAACUCAUUUAUACCAGUUUCCUAAGUCUAAGGUGCCGAUUGCACCCGUCGUAUGCCUUUGUCAAAAAUUUGCUACUGAAUUAAUGACAUUAAGACUGUAAAUUGCAGUCUAACAAGGACAAGGCAUACGAAAGGCUCAAGGUAGUCAAACAGUUAUGCUAUAACCAGUAAGUAGUAGGUAUGUUACUACUUACUCAUGUUUCUUGGUUGUAGGUACUAUAAUAACAAAUUUUACAACAAUAUUUCAACAUAUAUAGUCUGUAUCUUUAGGUAUUUAAAUAAAUGUGAACAAACCACAAUAAGGUCUUUUUCUCAAAAAUGGACGGAAAAGUCGACGUUGCCGGUUAAAAAGUAGGUCGCGAAGUGCGUAGUGCCGUAGUUUAUGGUCAGUCAAAAAAUUAAAAAGUUAAAAACAUUGCAGUCUCGAUUUCGGGACUGCAAUGUUGCAUACAAAUUCCAUUAUUUGUCGAGUUCCAAAUUUUUUAAAAGUUGAAGUGGUCAUAUCAAAUGAAGGCAUAGGUCCAUUAAACAGCCAAACAGAUGAUCAGUACUUAUUGUUUUAAUGUUGGUACCGCGACUAUUUAGGUGUCUCAAAUAGGUUGGCGUAUUUUCAGCAGAAAAAUACACUUCCAUUUUUAAUUUAAAAAUAAAACGGCGGCAAAGCAAAUCUUUUUAGUUUUUUCUGUGAAAAUACGUUGUAGUAGUUGUUGUGAAGAACGUUGCUUCUGUAAAAUAUUUCUAUUAUAUUUGCAUUUAUUGCGCCAUUUUUGAGAAAAGCACUAUAUAUGACUCGGCUGGAAGGCUACUUGCUGGCUUCGAAUUCAAUUAAACGGACUCCCAAGGUCGUCCGUUUAAAACGAAUCCUCAGCCAGUAAGUAGCUACUUCCGAGCCUCGACAAUAAUGUACUAUUAUUGGGCAUAAAUUUAUGGAUGUCUCAAAAUUUACAUAAGUUUGACUACGAUAAACUACUUACUCAACGUAACAAUGAAGCUGCUAUAAUCGUGCUAUUUUGUUUAUAGGAAUAUCUCGGUAUUUGAUUAAUCAAUAGUAAUUUAGUAUUGUAAUAUUUGCCAUUACUUCGCCCUAGUAAAGAACCUAAAACGAGACCGAAUGUUUAUCUAUUUGAGGGAAAAAGAAAACAUUACACAACUAAAUGAAUGAAUAUCCGAAAAUGUAAAAACACAUUGUUUACAUUUAUUUAACUACCUAAAGAUACAGAGUAUAGUACCAGUCCAUGAUUUUUAAUAAUAAUUAUUAUUAUACUCUAGAGGGUAAAAAUAAAUGUUCUAUUGUCACGUCUUGGUUAUCCAUAACCAAGUAUAAGUAGUGCAUUUUUAAUAAGAUUGCUCUUCACAAAUGAUUUCUACAGGAUUUUUUUCAUGUACAAUGUAUGAUUAUACAAAAAUUAUAAAUUUGGUUGUCCGAAUUAAAAAAUUAUUGAUUUGUGUUUAUGUAACGGCGACAAAAAUACGACAGGCUUGCUUGAAAACGUGAAGCCUGGCCCAGAAAGGCUUUAGUAUGCACUGUAAGCGCACUUUUUGACAAUUCUUAUUCAACUGCUGCAGAAAUCUGACAUAUUUAUUUAUUGACACUAACUCGGAUGCCCACGUCUUGCCAAUGGUCGCCGCCUCUGCGAUGAUCGUCCGACGCCAGGAUUGCUUAGGGCGACCACGUUUCCGCUUUCCUUGGGGAUUCCAGUCUAGGGCUUGCCUCGGGAUGUGAUCCGGGUCCCUUCGGAGCGUGUGGCCGAUCCAGUUCCACUUGCGGCGUUUGAUCUGCUGGUCGAUCGGAGUCUCACCGCAACGUUGGGAACGUUGCGGUGAGAUUCCGAUCGACCUACUACCAGAUCUACGUUGGAUAUUCUCUCGGGCCAGUAUACACCGAGGAUACGGCGAAGACAGCGGUUGAUGAAGACUUGGAGCUGACGCGAGAUGUUGUUAGUGACCUUCCACGUCUCACAUCCGUACAGCAAUAAACUUCCUCUCAUACACAUUAGAUAUCUAAUCCAAUGUUUAUGCGUUGCCAACGCAUUAUAAGUUUUCUUUGCAUCUUAGAAUGCAUUUAAGUGCUCAAGAAUAUAAUAGGUAAUAUAUUCAUGCAUAUCAUAUAUUUAUUUUUAUUUGAUUUCCUGGUUAUUUUGUUGGUGUGACUCAGAACAGUAUAUAAUAUAUAUUACUAACCCUUAAUAAGGCAGAAAGAAGUCAGAAAUUACUCAAAAUUUAACUAUAUCAUUUUUAAAUAAAGCCUAAAUCAUGAUGGCAAAUAUAUGCCCCCUGCCAUAUUAAGGGACUACGUCGUAAUUUACAAAUUAAACUUGAAGAGUAAUAAACGUAUGAAUCCCAUAUCUACCGUAUAUGAAUACGGAAUUUUACUUUAGCAUUGCGGGCUACCAGUUAGAAAUACCUUAAGUGAUUCCUCAGUGGCUUGGUUCUGAAUGUUUUUGAUUAAAGUAAUUGUUUGAUCACCCAACCCAAUGUCUAGGAUUUAAAUAUAUAUUAUUAUAGUUUAUAGUCUCUAGAUGUGGCUCGGAAAAGGUGAAGACCAUUGAUUGAGUGAUUGUAUUCAUGAUUACGCAUUCCUAAUUAUUUAACAUUACUCUGUGUAGUAUCGGAGGUGCGUGGUAAAAUAUUUAUUAUUUAUAAUAAGAUUUUUUAAAUUAAUGACUAGUUCGAACGAAAGUUUAAAGAAUAAUUUAAUAAUUAAUGUCCUAUUGUGUUUUUUUAAUUUUUAUGUGCGUUGCAUGUUUGAUGAUUGCGAUUCAUAGAGACCCUAAUUAAUUUAGGCAAAAAUAAUUAGGUAUAGUAAACGACAGGAAAGAUUCAGAUUUGUAACACUUUUGUUAUCUGUAAAUAUUAGGUAUCGUUUAAAUAUUUGUAAUAAAGAUACCUUACCAUAA